AUGAGGCUGCGGGCGGCCGGGGACGCGGGGCGCCUCGCCCUGCGCCUGGGGCUGCUCCUCAGCCUGCUGGCCCAGCAGCCCGUGAGCGCCAAGAACGACAGCGGCUCUGCCCUCGAGCAAGCCGUGGUGGCGCCGAUAGUACAGCUGUUAGAGCCGGGUUUGAAUGCUACAGUAUCCAAGGAGGUAGAAUUUGGAAUAUGCACAGUGACGUGUGGUAUUGGCAUUCGAGAAGUUAUAUUAACUAAUGGGUGCCCUGGAAGUGAAACAAAAUGUAUUGUUCGUGUAGAGGAAUGCAGAGGACCAGUAGAUUGUGGAUGGGGUAAACCAAUUUCUGAAAGCCUUGCAACUGUGAAGAUCCCAUGUAUUUUUAUACCUCCAGAGAAUCGAUUUACAUAUCUUUGGAAAAUGUUAAUUCCAGACCAGCAAUCACUGAUUCUUCCUAAUGAUUCAGCUAUUCUGGAGGUACACAGGGAUACCCAUCCAGUAGCUUUCCAGUGUGACACAAAAGAAAAUAAUGAGAUAGUUGCCUCUGUAAAAUAUACAGUAUAUACAACAGCUGAAUUGGAAACAAGAAGAUUAAGGAGACCAAACACAGAUAUAGUUCUGGUGUUUGUCCUGAUAACUGGAGUUAUUGUUUGUGUUGGCGUGAUCUUUGCAUUAAUCUUCAUAAUUCUUCACUGGGCAGCUGUAAAAGCAUUCUGGGCAUCAAAAGUUGGUAAGAGCUCCAAAGAAGAACAAUCAAGCUCUCAAGGUUCAAUGAGAACCAUAGAAGAAGCACCAGGAUCAGGAUCUGUAUUGGCAUCAGGAUCAAGAUUAGCAUCAGGAUCCGCAUUAGCAUCAGGAUCAAGAUUAGCAUCAGGAUCUGCAUUAGCAUCAGGAUCUGGAUUAGCCUCAGCAACAAUGUCAGUACCAACACCAUCACAUAUAGAUACUACUGGACAAGAACAGGAGUCUUUCCAUGAAUGGAACAAUGAAGAAGAGAAUUAGAAAGAAAAAUAAGAUUAGACUAUAUUAAGAGAUUAUCUAAAAAGAGAUUAUAAUAAAGCAUGUUUAAAAUACUCACAUUACUAGUUUUAAGAUUUUUUUUUAACAUAUAUUGGGUAUAUAGAGCUGAACCUUAAAGAUGGUAUGGUAAAAAUACUAGGCCCUGCUGCCCUGCACCAAAGGGCCAUGCUAUUGACUCUGGCCACUAGGCCAUACUGUCCUGUAUCGAAAGGCAACACUAUUAACUCUAGCUGCUAGGCCACGCUGCCCUGGGCACCAGGGCUAUUAACUUUUUGCUGGUCCUUAGACCCCAGGUGGCGAGAUCAGAGACAGACAAGUGGACCACGUACCCCCACAAUGCUCCUUUUGGGCCAGGGUGUGCAUAUACCACCACAAGGCCCUUUAAAAAUUGGUCCCCAAAAUAAUUAAAAUAAAUGUUGUGACCAAAUUCCUUGGAUAAGUGAAAUCUCUGAAAAGGGGCCCUUGGAAAUAACAGUUUUGGUAUUUUACAUCAUAGUGACUUUAAAAAAAAAAGACUCAUUUCAGAUACUCAAGAAUGGACAAAAUUGGUUCUUAAUAAACAGUAUAUUGUUUAAAAACAGAAGCACAAGAAAAGUAUAUACAGAACAUGGCAUUUACAAACUACUGGACAAAUCUGCACAUAUGAGCUACAUAGCCAUAUAGGUGCAGAUCCAGGAAAUUUACAUUCAGCUGGUGAAGAGCUUGUAUAUUGUGAAAAAUGAUGAUCUUCGGAUUUUAUUCUUCUUCCUUAAUUUUUGGCAUUCUAAAACCUCCCACAAUACCCGCCGUCCUGAGAAAAUUAAAUGCAAAAGUCCAGCAUUAAAUAUGAAACAGUACCUAGCUGCUCCCUACUUAGAGUUGCAACUCACUUUCUGUUACAACUCUAAAGUUAUGAGAUCACAAGCACUCAAAAGUCAGGAAACUUCAGAAGUUAAGGUUGCUCUGGCAAAGUUCCAACGUCCGACAGCCUGUAUUAUUUUAUCAUCUUCUUUACCCUGCUAGAUGUAAACCUUAAUGUAUUACUCUUUCUAUAAGUCCACAUUAUAAAAUCCACAGGAUGUGCAACAUAGCCUUUUAAAUAUAGCCAUAGCAACCUUUUAAUUUUUUGAAUUUCCUUACUUUUGAUCCCACAGCCUGAACAUUGCAUUACUUUUUUUUCACUAUGGCAGAUAGGCUGAAGGAUAUCCAGAUAUAAAGGUUUGUCUUACUCUUUUUUAAACGAGAAAAUAACGUUUAAAGGUCAAAAAUCUGAUCAAACUUUUAUUUCUAAGUUAGAGAGAUUCUCCCUCUCUCUCUUUCUAAACAUGUCUUACAAUGAAU